CGCCAGGGUGGGGCCAUGGGCAGGAACGGGAGCUUCAAGCGCCCGGCGGCUGCCGCGGCGCCCCCGGCGUUCACGGUGAACCCCAGCGACUACCGCCUCAUGGAGGAAGUCGGGUACGGCGCGCACGCCGUCGUGUUCCGCGCGGUCUUCCUCCCCAGCAACGCGACCAUUGCCGUCAAGUGCCUGGAUCUCGACCAGCUCAACAAUAACAUCGAUGAAGUACAAAGGGAGGCUCAAAUAAUGAGUUUGAUAGAUCAUCCGAAUGUCAUCAGAGCUUACUGCUCGUUUGUCGUGGAGCACAGUCUUUGGGUGAUAAUGCCGUUCAUGACAGAAGGUUCAUGUUUACACCUGAUGAAGAUUGCAUAUCCUGAGGGCUUUGAGGAGCCUGUUAUUGCAUCAAUUCUAAAAGAAACACUUAAGGCUCUGGAGUAUCUUCACAGGCAAGGACAAAUCCAUCGUGACGUCAAGGCCGGUAACAUCCUUAUUGAUAGUGCUGGUAUAGUGAAGCUUGGGGACUUUGGAGUUUCUGCUUGCAUGUUUGAUAGAGGUGAUAGGCAAAGAUCUAGGAACACAUUUGUUGGAACACCAUGCUGGAUGGCUCCAGAAGUGCUCCAGCCAGGCACUGGAUACAACUUCAAAGCUGACAUAUGGUCGUUUGGAAUCACUGCACUUGAACUAGCGCAUGGCCAUGCUCCAUUUUCGAAGUACCCCCCUAUGAAAGUUCUUCUCAUGACUCUCCAGAAUGCGCCACCUGGGCUUGACUAUGACCGAGACAGAAGAUUUUCGAAGGCAUUUAAAGAGAUGGUUGCAAUGUGCCUGGUGAAAGAUCAAACAAAGAGGCCGACGGCUGAAAAGUUGCUCAAGCAUUCAUUUUUCAAAAGUGCAAAACCUCCAGAAUUGACAAUGAAAGGCAUCUUAACUGAUCUGCCUCCUCUAUGGGACCGUGUAAAAGCACUCCAGCUUAAAGAUGCAGCGCAAUUGGCUUUGAAGAAAAUGCCUUCUUCUGAGCAGGAGGCACUUUCCCUGAGCGAAUACCAACGAGGUGUUAGUGCGUGGCACUUCGAUAUUGAAGACCUCAAGGCUCAAGCAUCACUGAUUUAUGAUGAUGAACCAUCUGAAAUAAAAGAAAAUGAUGCUCCAAGAACCAUUGAUGUUGAAAAGCAGGAUUCAUAUUCUCGGAACCCUUUGGGACAGUCAUCGUCUGCAAUUGAAAAUUACCGCAGUGAAUUGACAUGUACAACAAUCUCAGAUGCGAUGGGCAUUGUAUCAUCGUCUGCAAUUGAAAAUUACCGCAGUGAAUUGACAUGUACAACAAUCUCAGAUGCGAUGGGCAUUGUAUCAUAUCCAGUUAUCAAGUUUGCUAUGAGCGGUUCUGAUUGUAGAAGGAUCCCAAAUGGAUAUGAAAAUUCUAGAUUAGAAAAUGAUUCAUUGCCAUCUACAUCAAAGAAGGAUCCAGAGUCAAAAUAUUGGAGAAGUAAUGUUGGACAGAAACAACAGAGUUAUAGUGGUCCAAUGGAAAGUGCUGUUAAUAGCUCGACGACUGAAAGGAGCCACGGUUUUGAAAGGGAUGCAACUGCUCCAGCAUUAUCUGAGAAACAUGGAAGUGAUACUAGAAGAGCUGCAAAUCUUAGUGGUCCAUUAUCAUUGCCAACUCGUGCCUCUGCAAACAGUCUCUCCGCUCCCAUUCGAUCUUCAGGAGGAUAUGUAGAUUCAUUGGGAGAUAAAUCUAAACGUAACGUGGUGCAUAUUAAAGGCCGCUUUUCUGUGACAUCUGAGAACGUCGAUCUUGCAAAGGUUCAGGAAAUUCCAUUGAGUAGCAUCUCACGCAAAUCACCUCAUGGUAUACAGCUAAGAAAAUCUGCAAGUGUUGGUGAUUGGAUUGUGAACGCCAAACCAAUGUCUAACAGUCAUCAUCUAAAGGAACUCUGCAAUAGCUCGGUAUCAUCGUCGAUUCUCAUUCCCCACCUUGAGAACCUCGUGCAACAGACUACGCUUCAGCAAGAUCUGAUAGUUAAUCUACUAAGUAGCAUGCAACAGAAUGAGAAAGCUGACGGUGCACAGUCUGGAAUGUCAUCACAAGUCCAAACUAUGGAGAGUGAGACAGUGGUUGAAACAGCUAAUACUGAGAAAGAGCGCUCAUUACUUGUUAAAAUUUCAGAACUCCAAUCUAGAAUGAUUACUUUGACUGAUGAACUGAUUUCAGCCAAGCUAAAGCAUGUUCAGUUGCAGCAAGAGCUAAACGCGUUGUACUGCAGAGAAGAAAUAGAAGACAUUAGGGAUGAGGACAUCAUAGAGACAUAACAACUUUCUUCAAAAGGAGAACUGAAAAAAAAACAUAACAACCAAAAUGUUCAACUGAUAUGAGUACCUGCUCUUGGCUGUCGCAUCAAGAUUUGGCUAAUUGCCCCUGAUGAUGAGUUCUGUAAAAGAGAAUGUUCGUAUAAACUAUCGCCAAGCAAGUGCUCUCAGAAGAAAGCAAAAAAAAAAAGUUCUUUGAAGGUUGACAUGCCCUUUGGCUUGUUGCCAUCAGUGUGUAUAUUAGUUUUCAUUUAGCUUCUUUUCCGGUUUAAUAUUUUCAAUGGGUUUUAGUGGUCAUAAAUAUUGCGGUCAUGUGUAUUCCCCUGUUAUGGCCAUGCCUAUCAUUGAAACAUUUGUGAUUAUUCCGUAGGUUGUAGGGUGCCCGUUGGUUCCAACACCAUGCAGAAGAUUGCAGAAUAAACUGUAGUAGUAUCUUAUCCAGCAGUGGCAUGUGUAAUUUUGUUGUUGAAAAAAUUAUCAUCUGGGUUCUGGUACACCAA